UGGUGAACGCAGAUGAAGAAUUUAGUAGAUAAAUUUACGUUAAAAUUCCGCCAAUUUACUGCAAAAAUAAGUAAAAUAACCGGGAGUACGAGAUAAAUAAAGUGAGAAAGUGUUUUUGCUGCAAGUUUAAACCAUGGCUGAGAGAAAUAAGAGUUUUGUUGAGGACGAAGAUGGUAAUUUUGAGGUGUCUGUGAAGAAAAUGGUGGCCAGUCAUAAUAGGAAGAAGAAAAAGUCAGGAGGAUUUCAAGUUAUGGGACUUAGUUACCCAGUUUAUAAGGGAAUUAUGAAAAAAGGUUACAAGGUUCCGACACCAAUACAGAGGAAGGCAAUCCCUUUGAUAUUGGAUGGAAAGGAUGUAGUUGCGAUGGCCAGGACUGGGUCGGGUAAAACAGCAGCAUUUUUAGUUCCAAUGUUUGAGAAGCUUCAUGGACAUUCAGCAAAGACUGGAGCAAGAGCAUUGAUUUUAUCACCAACACGGGAACUGGCAUUACAGACCUUGAAGUUUACGAAAGAACUUGGUCGUUUUACGGACUUGAAGUCGGCGGUCAUUCUUGGAGGAGAUAGAAUGGAUAAUCAAUUCUCAGCUUUACAUGAGAAUCCAGAUGUUGUCAUUGCAACUCCUGGUCGCUUCUUACAUGUCAUCAUGGAAAUGGAUCUGAAACUGACUUCUAUAGAGUAUGUUGUGUUUGAUGAAGCUGACAGGUUAUUUGAAAUGGGAUUUUCGGAACAACUUCAUGAGAUUAUAAGCAGACUUCCUGAAGCACGACAAACAUUGCUGUUUUCUGCAACAUUGCCUAAAUCACUGGUUGAGUUUGCUAAAGCAGGUCUGAAUGAUCCAACGCUAUUACGACUUGAUGUGGACACAAAGCUCAGUGAACAACUGAAGCUUGCCUUUUUCUCUGCAAGAGCAGAUGAUAAAAAUGCUGUUCUGCUUCAUCUCUUGCAAUCUGUUAUCAAACCAACAGAACAGACAAUGAUCUUUGCUGCAACCAGACAUCACGUGGAGUUUUUAAAAACACUUCUAGCGCUUACAAGCAUACCAUGUUCCUAUGUCUACAGCGCACUGGAUCAGGCAGCACGAAAAAUCAAUGUAGCAAAGUUUCGAAAGAAGAAAUGUAUGGUGCUGAUAACUACGGAUGUUGCGGCGCGUGGUAUUGAUAUACCAAUGUUGGAUAAUGUCAUCAACUAUAAUUUCCCCGCGCAGUCAAAGCUGUUUGUCCACAGAGUGGGUCGUGUUGCAAGAGCUGGUCGUAUUGGUACAGCGUAUUCCAUCAUUGCUCCUGAUGAGGUCGCAUACAUGCUAGAUUUGUGUUUAUUCCUGGGCAGACCUCUAAAGACAGCCAGAGAAAGUUACACAGAAAACGAUGAUAAAGAUUUUGUGUAUGGCCGAGUUCCACAAGAUAUAAUUGAUGAACAAGAGGACACGUUACGAAAUAUUCAUCAAAACACAGACGCGCAAUCUGAACAUGAGACGUGUACGAAGGCAUAUAAACAGUAUUCCAAGUCAAGACCUGCACCAUCGCCAGAGUCAGUGAAACGUACAAAAGAAAUGAGUUUAAAAGCCCUCAACUGCCAUCCAUUACUGGGAGGUGUUCAGGAGGUGGCUCACGCCAAGUUUCUUGAUGGUGUAAGAAGCUACAAAGCGAAACAGACAAUAUUUGAGAUUGGUGCGACGUCAAAAACGCGCUCUCAGGACAUCAUGAGGUUGAAGAGACGGAAACACGGGACAGUUAUUGAGAAGAAUAAGCAACAAAUGAUGAAAAGUCACGAAGACAAGAACAUGGAAACGAGAGGAAGUAAAGUGGAAGAAACUACCCAGGAUGAGAUCAAGAGUGUUUUCACAACGGUCAUGGAUCCCAGUCGCAAAACCCGAAGGCCAAAAGGUUUGCCACAAUUCCGAGAUGAAAACUACAUUCCACAUCGAGCGCCAGAUCAUUUCUCGGAACGAGGGUUGGGCAUCAACUCGUUUCAGUCCCAAGCUGAGAAUGCCGUGUUAGACCUGGAUGCUGACGAGGCCGUUGGAUUGACGCGUACACAGAACAACAAGCGAUGGGAUCGCAAAAGAAAGAAAUUUGUUGGAAAGGAAGAAAAUACAAAGAAAAGAAUCAAAACAGAAAGUGGGCGAUGGAUUCCAGCCUCGUAUAAGACAACUUUGUACAAAGAUUGGCUGGAUAAAAAUGCGGUGAAGCAUCAGAAAAACGAGGAUGACAACGAAGACAGUAAUCAUCCUGGAACAUUCCGGAAAGGUAAAAAGAGAGGCCGAAGGAAAGAUGGCCGUCUAGAAGGAAGAAAGAACGAACUACGGAACAAAGAACAGAUCUUGAAACAAAGAAAAAGAAAACAGAAUAUUUUAGAAAGACAAAAGAAAGGAAGGGAGAAAAAUAUAAAGAAAAAACAAGACAGAAAUCCCAGACGAGAAAGAUAGGUCUUGUUUAAACAUGUUGAAUUAAUGCGAUGCUUCCGUUAAUUAAUUUCCUCACAGACCUCACUUGUCUGGAAAUAAACCUUUCUCGUAAUCGCAUCAAACGGGGGGUGCAAAUAUCACACGAAGCUUGAUUGUUCCGCAGAACUACUUGAGCCAAUGAGACUUCGUGUUACAUCAGGUUUAUGUCAUUAUGAGAAAGGUUUAUUGGAGAGGUAUAUUGGUGUAUUGGUGCAUUUAAACGAAAUAUGAGACGAGGCAAAUAU